AUGGCAGAGGUCAAGAAAGACUUAGGCGCCCAGUGGAGAGAAGACUGGGCUGUUGCUCAGAAAAUCAAGGGACCAAAUUUGAAGAACAGCUCCGUCUUUUACCGAAAUAUCGAAGAGGAGCUGGAUCUUUCCCGACAAAUUGGCCUUGGUUUUCCAAUCCACACCCCCAGCCAUGUCACAGACUUUUCCUCUUGUGAUGUUCUAGGGAUGGGAGCCACUGGGCUUCUAAGGGAGGAGUUCUUGAAAGAACUUGAGGCCAACCCCGGCUUUAAUAUGGGUGCAGGUGGAUCACGCCUCUUGGAUGGGACUUCAAGAUACCAGGACAUGUUCGAGAGGGAACUGGCAGAGCUAAUGGGUGUCGAGUCAGCACUUGUGGUACACUCCGGAUGGACUGCAAACCAGGCCAUCUUUUCGACCGUGCCUCGCUCUGGGGAUGUACUAGUGUACGACGAGCUCAUGCACGCCACAGCACUCUCUGGCAUGAAAGUUAGCCUCGCACUUGAUCAGAGGCCCUUUCGUCACAACGAUGUGGACCACUUCAUCGAAGUCAUGGAAUCGGUCAAAGAAUCGACCCCCCUCGUCAAAGCGGGCAAGCGUUGCGUCAUCAUUGGUGUUGAGAGUUAUUAUAGUAUGGAUGGUGAUAUUUGCCCCCUGAGAGAGCUCAUCGAGGCUGCAAAGGAGAUCUUCCCACAGGGCAACGCCCAGUUUGUUGUCGAUGAGGCCCAUAGUUUCGGGGUCUGUGGCCCGGAGGGCUUGGGUUUCGUUAGGCAGCAAGGCCUCGAUGACGAGGUGGCCAUAAAGAUGGUUACUUUCGGCAAAGCUUUGUCUGGUUCUGGUGCUUGUAUCUUGUCCAACAACACGAUUCGCUCUCUCCUCAUAAACCAGGCCAAAGUCUUCAUUUGCUCCGUUGCACCCCCAUUCACACUUUUAGCUGCGAGCCGUGCCGGAGUUCGCCUCAUGCAGACUCAGAGGGUCCAAGAGAGUCAUGACUAUCUGCAUGAGCUUACGCUUUUCUACCUGGACACCCUUACCUCUCACCCUGUAUACAAGAAAGCCCACAAGAAGGGGAUACUUGACAUCCCAAUCCACGAGGAUGGGAGCUGGCACGAGACACCAAUCACCCAUAUCGUGCCUCUCUGGACACGACGCCAGAAACAUGCCCUGUACCUUUCUUUUCACCUCACCAGGGAUGGUAUAAAUGGAUGCUACAUUGUGUUUCCCAUUGUAGGCAAGGGGGAGGAUCGAGUACGACUGUUGCUGCAUGCUCAUAAUACCAAGGACGACGUGAGGAAGCUGAUCGACUCCAUCACUACCUGGACCCAGGAAAUGCUGGAAAUAGAAGCAAGCGGUGACAAGAACAGACUUCCGAGUGCGGCCCGGUUGGCAUUCGAUCUUAUCAAAAGAGAUAGACAGAUCGCAAAUGGUAUCAAUACCAUUAAUGGUGACAACGCUGUUGACGGUGCCAACCUACUCAAUGCCAUCAAUGGCAGCAACGGGAUCAACAUUGCACCUUUGGUUAGCGGCAUCAGUCGCAUGAAUAACCCGGAUGGGAUCACUGUCUAG